CGAUUAGUCACCAUUUGAGUCUAGUAUCUACUUUAGACUACCCCGGGCCAACCCCAGGCCACGAGUUCCGUAUGCUUGCCGGUACCGAGCAUCUGCCAUGGCGAUCGUGCGUGAUAGGACCCGGACUCACUACGUUCCGUGGUCGCCUAGUCUCCGAAGGGACUAGAACGGCCGAUAUUUGACCGUCUGAUGGUCCAGAGGAGUCUAGUCACUUGGUCCAUCAGGGGCUAUGGCUCUGGUCCCCGGGUGGGGACUCCGACGACCGAUCUGGGCCCUGUUCGAGUAGUCACCUCCGCGACCGCGUGGGUGGUCACCGUUAGGUGACGUAUCGGCCCUCCUUGUCCCGGGGACUAUCAGCACUCACCUUCUCAAUCACUAGCUCUAAUAUCUAUGCGCUGUUUGAUAUCAAGGAUUUCUCUACUGGAUUGCCCUUAUGUUCGUCAAUCGUUGCCAUGGCCGCGUAGCAUGGCACCUGUGCGAAGGGAUCAGCGUGCGUACGAAAUUUUGGUCGAAUUCGGAGAAAACAUGUCGCUUUUAACUUUUGUCUUCCCCGGUCCUCUUACGCUGCGGCCGCUGGAGAUGUUGUUCAGGCGUGGAAAUCCAGGGACAUCUCCGCUUGACUCAGACCUCCACAUUCUUUCGACGCGAUCCUGCAACGGUGUGGACGCCGUACAGUUCUUUUAUUCUUUUAAUGGACUCGAGACGUGCAUUGGGGAGAGGUCCGCCGCCUAGGUAUGUUCAUUUGAUUCUGGAACUGCCUGUCUUCGCUGAUGGAAACCGAAGCCAUUGGCGCAGCGGUCCUCACGCGAUGCGGUCUGCUACAUCGCCUGAAGGCUCUCCACCGGCGCCUCGUAUCCUCCAGCCUUUCACUCGAUCGCCAGCACCCUAUUCCAACUACGAUAUUUACAAUACCCCCGUGCCUCAAGAUUCGCAUCACAAUCAGCGUGGACGCCGUGAUCGCCAGCUCCCGCCAUCCAUUGAAGAGCGGUUGGCACAGCUGGAGUUGCGCCAGCGCGAGUCGGAAGAAGAGAACCAGUGGCUACGUCGACGCAACAAUGAGCUCGAAGCUGAGCUGGCCCGGCCAGUUGUGCGUGGAUCGGGGCGCCAGGGAUACAGUCGUGCGGAGAUUGAUAGCGACGAUUAUGCUCCUGGGGAAAUGGACAUCUUGCCGCCAGCUCCCAAUCCUGUUUUCGAUGACUGCACCGAUGGACCUGUGCCACAAAUAGAGCCUGCUACUCGGCGUCUGGCUCCUUACACUAAACCGGCCAACCCAAUGUCUUCAGUCUCGCAGAACCCCGUCGUACCUUCCGUGCAACCUGCCGCGGGUGCCCGACCGCCGGUGAAGCCAGCUGUUCUUGUUUCUUUGGGGUUGCCUCACAAAGACCUCACAAAGGACCAACAGGAAGUGCGGAGUAAGAUCACACGCCGUGUUGGUUCUACAUUCCGCAAUCUCUGCGGGAUCACAGCACAGGAACCGUGGCCCGACCCGUCUGUUGUUCGGAUCGAUUCAUCCACGGGCGAACAUCUUUUUACUCCAAACUUCCCUGGAGGAGUGACCGAUCGUAACAACGUCAAGCUCAUUGAUGCUGUUGCUGAUGAAGUACUCAGGGAACUCGAGGAUCCCGACUGUCGCCCAGCAAAGUUUGACACAUGUGGAGCAACAGUUGAUCGCCAUCUGCUCCAAGCAUUUGCGAAGGAGUCUUUCAAAGGCUUCAAGAAGCAAUACAAGACCCAAGUCGACGAGGUUGCUCUGGCGAACAAGAUCAAGGCCAAGGCCAAGGACCGUCGGGAGCAGCGGCGCAAAGCGAAACACGGUCAUCGCCUCGAAGCUGUGCCCCAGUACGCGACUGAGCAUAAUCUCAAUGAGGAGGAUAUUGCAGCUGCCAUAGACCCUGAGCACAUGUCUGACGAGUUCUCUGAACCGGACCCAGAUGAUAAAGAUGCUGAUAAACUAGAUUGGGCUGUUCGGAUGGCAAAGGCAACGGGACGAAUGGACGCCACUCGACAGUCAGUGCAAGAUUUGCGUUUCCUUGAGGUAUCCAAACUUGCUUGGAGGACUGAUGAGGCUACAAACUUCAACCUCGAAUUAAGCCAGAUUUACGAGGAUUCGCUCACAGAAACUGACAAGGAUAAACGCAAGUACAUUCGUGUUCGUGGCACCACUCGCAUGUCGAAGCGUGUGCCCAAUAAAGCACCAUUCAAUUUUGCGGUCCGGCCGGAUUGGUUGGCAGAUCAGAUGAAGGACGCCAAGAUGGCACAGUAUUUGACCAGUGCUGGAUGGGGAACUUAUCCGGGUCCUUGUGGGCUUGAUCCUGAUCUCGAGGCAUCUGGGACACCUAGUAAUGUCGAUGCUAAUAACAUGCCCAUCGAGUCUCACAGCAGAUAGGCAAUAGGAGGAGGACAUAAGUAGUUCAGACAUACUUGCAGAUACCCCUAGUUACAGUAAAAUGUCUUUUAAUUGUCACUUUCUUCUUCCUCAAUUUCUGCUGAAAAGCCUGCGGCAAUUGCAGGGGUCAUGAA